UGUGUGAGAGAGCACAUAAUGAUUGCAUUUGUACGACAAAUAAAAGCGAAAGGUUGUUUUUCUCAACGAAAGAGACGAAUGGAUGUGUGCUCUUCGGUCAAAUUGCAGUGACAACGAGAGUGAAAACGAAGUCUCUGUGUAUAUUGAUAUUCGGGCGGGCGAAAAAGACCACUGCUAAGCAUUAUAUCAUUAAAAUAUACGAGAAAGAUGCAGUGGCGAUAUCACUACGUUUUGAUGAGCGAAUGAGAGUAUAUAUGUAGUAUAUAUACAUUCAUUGCUGUUGUGUCGUAGUUUUUUUUUCUCUGGUAAACUUUUUUCCCUGUCAGUGGUGUGCGUUUUUUUACUAUUUUGAAUGGGAUGAAAAGUCGGAAAUUCGAAUUUAUUUCGUACACGACAAACAUUAUUAUCAAAUCGACCAUUGUUUUAUCAAGGCCAAUAGGAAAUCAACCAAAAGAAAACCAAACGGUGGUUUAUUGCGAAUUGCGUGCCUUACGCUGUAAUUAAAUGGAAAUGUCACCGUAAAAAUGUGUACUAUUGGCAGAAUAUCCUAAUUAAAUCGGUAUGAUUAAAAAGUUUCUGUUCUUUUGUCUGUAAAACCAGUGAAUAUUUCCACAUUAAAAUGUGAAUAGUGUCGAAAAUUCAAAAAGUUCUAGUUUUGAUUGUGUUUGGUGGGAAAAAAGUGUUUUGGAUUUUUGUUUGUUUGGUAUGCCAUGCACUGUGUUCAUGGUCGCUGGGCGAUAAUUACGUUUAUAUAUUUCUUCAUUUGCCAUUCACAUGUGUUUCGUCGUAUCAUGAAUUUGAAUGUAAAUUUCAGUAACCUCUCGAUUGAGUGCAUUUAUGUUUCAAAUUUCUAUUUGAAAAAAGACUUUCGUCAAUCGAAACACCAUUUCCUCCACUUCCAUGUGACAAAUUGUUUAUAUAUGUGAAACAAUGUUUUCCUCGUCUUUCGAUUUCUUUAUUUUGAGGAACUGAAAUAACAACAACAAACAAUUCAUAAAACAAAUAGCGUUGUUAUGUAAACUGAAGUUGAAUGUUUGUCAUUCUUAAAUUACACCAGUUGCAGAAAGCUAGAGAUAAAAUAAGGAACAAUUAGAAGCACACAUCAAGGCAAACCAAAACCCAUAUAAAUGAAGCAUUCUAAGAGACUCCCUUUCGAAUAGUGCAACCGAACCAAGUAAAAAGUCAAUAUGGAACAAUUUUCCCAUGAUUUGACAUUGGCACUAGAGGAGACGUCACGUGUACGAGCUGGACACUGUUGGGGCGGCCGACGCCGUACUCGUUCGACCGGCAACUUACCAUGUGCACCACAGCCGACGGAAGACAGUUCGAGUCCAGGCGAUGGAAACAUUGAUAUUAAUGAAUGCCAAUCAAAUUCAAUCCUGAGUGAUUCGGAUGAUCGCCAGAAUUUCCAACUUGCGCUGAAAGUGCGACAAACAUGCCUCUUUGGCAACUUUGAAUCCGAUUCACUGAAUGAGAAUUUCAGCCCAACACGACCCAGCACUCGUCGAAAGCGAAAGUUUAAGCGCAUGGCUGUGGAAUACGAAACGACACCAUCGACGCCUGGCAACCCAAAUCCAAAUACAAUGUUUCCGUUGACCGGCAGCAGCACGGUUAAGAAACGGGUUAUGAAACACACAAAUCAGGAGAAUUUCCGGACCGGUCUAUUUUUCUGUGGCAAACGCAAACGAUCACAUCGUGAACGAUAUCACGAUUAUGACCAUUAUCGCUUGCAUUCGAGCAGUGUGCCACGCCAGCGUGAAUUUUUCACACCGAAAAAUUCAUAUUUGGAGUACAAAAAUCGCAGUCGUAACGCAUACGCCAAGCCAUGCGAACGAAUUCUACCGCUGAAUAAAAAUAUUGUGUCGAAAAUUGAGAAAAUCUCACUGGAAUCACUAAACCACAGUGGUGCUAUGAGCUUUGCGCCGGGAAUUGUGACAGCCAACGAUGGUAAGAGUGUGCCGACUGGAUUCAAUUUUGAUUCAGCAUACCUAAAAUGCAGUAGCCAAAAUACAACAACGAACACGAAUGCCGAUGUCAGCCAACAACAGUUGCCACAAGUUCCAGUUGGCCUACAAACGGUCACCCCAUUCACAGCAAAGAGUUUGUCCAUUGACAGUGCAUCGAGUGCCAAUACCAAUAAAAUGCCACAGAAAUCGGGCAGUUUUGAUUCACCGUUUGUCGUUCAAGAUAUUCAACCGGGUGGUGUCGUUCAAUCACCGAUGGUGGACAUUUCGUUGCCGAUUAAAAUCAAAGAAAGUUCACGCAAAGGCCACAACACGUCACGGCACUCGAACCACAAGCGAAAGCAAAGCAAACGAAGCCAGCUGAAAAUGCAAUUCCACGAACAGAAUGGCAUGGAUUGCGGUAACUUGAAUGAUUUCUUGAGCUCGAGCUCGUUGAGCAGCAGUGAUUCUGAGGCGGGCGAAACGAACGAAAGUGAUCGAGAGGGAGAUGAUGAGCUGACCGAUUGGCCAGGCAACGAAGCAAUGGUCAAUUUCGCUUCGAAAAAUGAUUUCAAGCGGGCCAAAUCGGCACGAAGUUCCACCAACAAUAACGCGUCUGGCGUGCAUCAGACGUCUGGCAAUUUGAAGGCACGUUUCACCAACGACGAUUGCAUGGGUCAAGAUGAAGAUACACUCAUGUCAGCUGAUGAACUGCCAACAACAACAUAUGCAUCACAUUUGAGCACAUCACAAAAUCCAGUCAACACUGGAACCACAUUGUUAAACUUGGAAUCGAGCAUAUUUCCGCCAAAGUUUCCCACGUCGCUACAAAAUCGACUGACAUCGAACGAUUCACUAACGCAUUCGUCACCGUCAACAUCGGACAAUCAGCUUACAUCAAAUUCUAGUCGUGUGCUGCGCACCGCUACCUCGUUACCAAUCGACAUUGUUCCACAGAGCUAUCAAAACUUUACGUCUGGCAUUCACACGGCACAGAUCGAAAGCGAAAUGUCUGGUGAAGCUUCGAACCCGUUUUUAGCUUCGCCGAGCAUGGAAGUCAGAGAGAUUCGGGCAGGCUGUCGGCGAAUUCGUGAUGAACGACCGGGUUUUACCAUUUUUAGCAGCGUCAACGAGCAUUUGGCCAGAUUCUUACAAGACUCGCGACAAUCCCAGUUGAUUUUGCCAUACACAAAUACAGAAGAGAACGAUAAACUCAUCGAUUUGGCCAAAUUGUACUCACUCCGCAUUGAGAUAGAAAAUUGUCGAGCCAUUUUCUACAAAACAAUUAACACAACACAAUCGGUUAAAAUCGAUCAAUCGAAUAUGUCGAAGCUAUUCUUGAGUGACUAUAAGCGACGAUGCUAUGGUGCCGAAGCCGGCGAUGAUUCCGAGUCAACCGAAAUGGCUAGCUAAAAAUCUAUUUGGAUCACGCUGUGUGCUGUUCAAGCAUUUAUCUAAAAAUGAUAUUGUAAUUUAGUUUUUUUUUCUGUUGGCCUUUAAUUUUUUUUCUUAAUUGUGUUUAUGUUCUGUACUUUUGAACAGUUUACUGUUCUGUACUUAUAAAACCGAUGGUUUCUUAAAUUAAUUUAGCAAAUGAUUUGAUUAAUUGGAUUUCAAUUUGGUCUAUUGAUUGCAUCUAACAAUCGAUUUUCAUUUGUACCAACUAGAAAUAUGUAAAAAAAAAAUAAAUAUACAUACAUAAAGUACUAUUAUUUUUAUAACUGCAUUACUAUCUAAGCCAUAUGCCAUUUAAAUAAGAUUAUAUGCUGGAAAAUAAUAAAAAAUAAUACAGAAAAUCAGUUAAAA